GUCGCCGCGACUCGUUAUGACGAGAGCGCGUGUGUAAUUGUCGAUUAGAGGUUAUUUUGCGUUCGACGGGUGAAUCGAUCGUAUCAAAGGAAUAUAGGAGUUAAAUUCGUGUAAUAGUAGACACGUGCAUUAAUACGUGCGCAUUACCUACACUCUACGUCGAAGAAGAAUCGCAGAAAAUCAAUAUUUUCGUAGGGCGUCGCUUCGUUGCGUACAAUGCUCUUUAAUUGUCGAAUAUACAUAAUAUUCGAUAAUAAAAAUAUAAAUAUUCUUUGUUAUAAAAUUUUCUUAUUUUCUACAAAUAUGUACAGAAAUCUAGUUUAUUUAUUAUUACUCGAUAUCACAGAUAUGAUUAAGUUUAAGGAACGUUCGUUGAUUAGAAAUAAAGAAAAAUUAAGGACAAACCUCAUAUUUAUUUAAGUUUCUUUGAGAACUGGAUUUUUCGUUGUAACGUCACUGCCUUCGUUUUCGAUCGUAUCGUAAGUCCAUUUGCGAUUGUUCCUAAAAAAGAAAUAUGCAUUUUUUUUUCUUUUUUAUUUUUCCGUAAAAAUAAUUGACAUUUAUUGAGUUACGUAGGAUAUGACGUAAAAAAAGUCACCUGCACUCGUGGCCACACUUUGUAGAAGAACAUUUAGGACAUGGAAAGUGACAUCCCGCGCAAUCCAAACUUAAACAAUCACAUAAAUCGUCUCCAGUUAUGACCCAAAUACCUUGAUCGUUGUACAAGGUGUGACGUUUACUUCCUUGAUACAAACGACGAUGUAAUUUACGUUUUUCUCUUUCGCUACGUUCAGGAUCGAAAUUUCGAAGAAAUUUUUUGGUUAUGUUGUCCACUGCUCUUUGUCUCGAACCUCGACCACCUCUCUAUAUUUCCAUAACGUAUAAAAUAAAGAAAAUUGAAUACUUUGUGUAACAUUUGUAAUAAUUAUAAUUUAAUAAAUAUUCAUUCACGCGCGUUUUGAAAAAAUAUGGAAAUCAAUAUUUACAGAUCGUGGUGGCAUUUCUACGUUGUUUAUUUGCUGCGUCACGGGUUCUCCGGAAGACGAGUUUGUUUCCAUGUUCGUUUUCAACAUUUUUUCAUCAGACAUUUUAUUGUCACCAAAUUAUAAACCAUAAAUAAAAAAUAAUAUAAUAUUGCACAUAAUAAUAUUAAAAAAAAUUUGUUUGUUAUUUACAUAGAUGAGCACAAUUAUUACACUUUGUCAAUGUUGCAACAAUACAAUGCAAACUAUUCGCGUUAACGCGGUGAAAUAACCUAUAGCGUCGAGAACUCUAGUAGAUCUUCGACAAAAUAUAUUGCGUAUAUUUUACAAAAGAAAAAAAUUCUUUUCACAUAUGGCCCUAUAUUAAUAAUUAUAAUAUAUACAUUUUUAACCAUACAAUACUUUUUGUUGAUGAAAAUUGUUCUUUUUAGUCUUACAAUUAGUAUCAAUAAAGAAAUUUUUGAUUUUCUGAAAUAUUCGUAAGCUAAUUGGUUGACUCAAAUCGGCUCGAUUCGGCUCUACUCGGUUCUACUCGGUUUUUCUACGCUCGACUUGCUUCAAUUUGGUUCAUUCGUGUUGUUUGAUAUAACCUAUCUAUAAGGUGUAUGAAAAGGCAUGGUUAUUUAUUAUAGAUGAAAAAUCAGUAAUUCACAUAUAAUGGCUCACAAAACAAAGGAGAAGGUAAAAAUAUAUAAGAAAAAACGACAAAUACCUGAAAGUAAAAUUAUUGAAGAUCUACGAUCAAAAUACAAUAAUAUUGAUGAAACUAAAAUAAAAAAAUUUAAUGAUAUGCCAUUAUCGAAUAAAACAUUGAAGGGAUUGAAAGAAAAUAAUUAUAUUGAAUUAACGGAUAUACAAAGACAAAGUAUUGGAUUAGCUUUAAAGGGUAAUGAUAUAUUAGGCGCAGCAAAAACUGGUAGUGGAAAAACAUUAGCAUUUCUUGUGCCGGUAUUAGAAAUUUUAUAUUGUAAGCAAUGGACAAGGUACGACGGUGUUGGUGCACUUAUUAUUACUCCCACAAGAGAACUUGCCUAUCAAAUAUAUGAAACUUUACGUAAAGUUGGUCUAUACCAUGAUAUUUCAGCAGGUUUGAUUAUCGGUGGAAAAGAUUUGAAAUUUGAAAAAAAACGUAUGGAUCAAUGUAAUAUCGUUAUAUGUACACCAGGUCGUUUGCUUCAACAUAUGGAUGAAAAUCCUCUCUUUGACUGUGUCAAUAUGCAGAUAUUAAUUCUCGAUGAGGCAGAUCGUUGUUUAGAUAUGGGUUUUGAAAGGACUAUGAAUUCCAUAAUUGAAAAUCUACCAAUUAAGCGACAGACACUUUUAUUCUCUGCAACACAGACCAAAUCAGUUAAAGAUUUAGCCAGGCUAAGUCUAAAGGAUCCUAUGUAUGUAUCUGUGCAUGAACAUGCUGAACAUAUUACUCCCGAAGGACUUCAACAAUCUUAUAUUGUUUGCUCUUUGGAAGAAAAAACAGCAAUGUUAUGGUCUUUCUUGCGAAGUCAUUUGAAACAAAAAAUAAUUGUGUUCUUUUCUAGUUGCAAACAGGUCAAAUACGUUUAUGAAUCAUUUUGUCGAUUACGACCAGGAAUAAGUUUAUUAGCUCUAUAUGGUACACUUCAUCAGCUUCGAAGAAUGGAUAUUUAUGAGUCAUUUUGUAAAAAACAUUAUGCUGUAUUAUUUGCUACAGAUAUCGCUGCACGUGGAUUGGAUUUUCCUGCUGUUAAUUGGGUAGUCCAAAUGGACUGUCCUGAAGAUGUAAAUGCAUAUAUUCAUAGGGCAGGUAGAACAGCUAGAUUUCAAGCAGGUGGAGAAUCUUUAUUAGUUUUGUUACCGUCCGAAGUAGAAAUGAUACAACGGCUACAGGAUCGUAAAAUACCAAUAAAUAUGAUAAAAAUUAAUCCAAAUAAAUUACAUUCGCCACAUCGUAAACUUGAAGCACUACUGGCUCGAGAUGUAUCUUUAAAAGAAAGUGCUCAAAGAGCUUUUGUAGCAUAUAUUAAAUCAGUUUUCUUAAUGAAAGACAAACAAGUAUUUAAUGUAAAAGCUUUAAAUACCGAUGAAUAUGCAAGAUCAUUAGGUUUAGCUAUUCCACCAAGAAUACGAUUUUUACAAAAGUCGCAAAAUAAUACUUCUAAUUUACAAAAAGAAAUAAAUAAGGAGAACAAAGAAAGUGAUAAUUUAAACAUAUCCAAUAAUAGUGAAGCAAAUAAAUAUAUUACCUCUAACGAAUCUGAUAACGAAGAUAACAAUGCAAUGAAACACAUAUCGCAUACUCAGAAACAUGAUAAUAUUAGCUUUAUGGAUGACGAUAGCGACGACGAUUUAUUGACAGUGAAGAGAAGAAAUAUAGACAUUGACGAUAUGUCCGAUACCAUCGAAAGUACAAAAGAUGAUAAGAGCAAUAAGAAAAAAAUUAUUACAAAAGUUGCAGUUGCAAAGAAAAUACUUAAGAAAAAAAUAAUCCCUAAUAGUAAAAAGACUUUUGGUGAUGAUGGAAUGGAAGUGAUAGAUCCAACGAAAAGCAAAGUAUCCGAAUUAGCCAAGAAAUAUGAAAAUGAAAUUGAUUCUGGUAUUAAUAUUGAAAUAGCAAAACAAGUUUUACGUGAAGAAGACCAGUUUGAUAAACAGAGGUUUAGAGAAAAAAUCAAAGAAAAACAUCGCGAAGAAAAGCUUAAACUUAAAGCUAGUAAAAAGAAUAAAGAUAAAAGUGAUGAUGAGGAACCACAGGAAGCAAAUAGUGAUGUAAGUGAAAGUGAAUUCAGUGAACCAGACCUUUCAUGGCUACCAGAUCCAGAUAAAAUAUAUGGAGAACAAAAAGCAGACUUUAAUGAAAAUUCUCCGGAUAAUAUCGAAAAUAAAGAAGAUAGCAUGAUUCACAGUCUUCCCAAAAGAAAACUAGUAGUACAACAAGAUAAAAAUGUUAAAAAGAGACGAAAAAUAAUCAAUGAAGUUAUAAAUUCUGGCCUAAAAACAGAUGAAGAAUUAGCUUUACAACUUUUACAACGGUGAACUGAAUUUAAAUUUUGAUAUGUAUUAUUUACAAUGUAAAGAAUUGUAAAGAAAUCAUGUUAUAAAAAAUA